UACCGGAUGCCAGACUCUCUAGGCUUUGUCUAUCUCUGUGGUGACGGUGCUGACGGGGCUGGCGGGUCUGAAAAAGUGGCGGGAGCCGCUCCACUUCCUCCCCGGCUGCCAGGGAGCUGCGUCCCGACCCCAAAGGUGUUCCGCGACCAGCGGGAGCAGGUGUUGGCAUCAGGAGCCGCUCUCCGGGCGGAAUGCGCAGUGAACCAUGCCCCUCCUAACACAACAGAUCCCAGAUGAGAGUGAUUACAGUUUAGUGGCCAGCCUCGACAACGUGAGGAAUCUCUCCACUAUCUUGAAGGCUAUUCAUUUCCGAGAACAUGCCACCUGUUUCGCUACUAAAAAUGGAAUCAAGGUCACAGUGGAAAAUGCAAAGUGUGUGCAAGCAAAUGCUUUUAUUCAGGCUGGAAUAUUUCAAGAGUUUACAGUUCAAGAAGAGUCUGUUACUUUUCGAAUUAAUUUAACCGUCCUUUUAGACUGUUUAUCUAUUUUUGGAUCAAGUCCUGUGCCAGGAACUUUAACUGCACUUCGGAUGUGUUACCAAGGUUAUGGCUACCCUUUGAUGCUAUUUCUGGAAGAAGGAGGAGUGGUGACAGUCUGUAAAAUCAAUACUCAAGAGCCUGAGGAGACUCUGGAUUUUGACUUCUGCAGCACCAAUGUUAUUAAUAAAAUCAUUCUGCAGUCAGAGGGGCUCCGUGAAGCAUUUUCUGAAUUGGAUAUGACGAGUGAGGUCCUACAGAUCACCAUGUCUCCCGAUAAGCCUUAUUUCAGGUUAUCUACUUUUGGGAAUGCGGGAAGCUCCCACCUUGACUAUCCCAAAGAUUCUGAUUUGAUGGAAUCAUUUCACUGUAAUCAGACUCAGGUCAACAGAUACAAAAUAUCUUUAUUGAAACCCUCUACAAAGGCGCUAGUCCUGUCUUGUAAGGUAUCUAUUCGGACAGAUAACCGAGGAUUCCUCUCAUUGCAGUAUAUGAUUAGAAAUGAAGAUGGACAGAUAUGUUUUGUGGAAUAUUACUGCUGUCCCGACGAAGAAGUUCCUGAAUCUGAGUCUUAAGUAUGGCAGUUCACUGUGCCAUUUAUUUAUGUACACAUUCAGGGGACUUCUGGUUGCUCGUUGCUCGUUGCUGACUGGAUUAGGAAAAUCCCAUCUCUGGACUAUUGUCAAGUUUGCCUUAAGUGGAUCUUCCAUGGAAUGUGGUGGGUAAACUGCCAAAACAGAAGUAAGGCUUCCCUGAGCUUACAGAACAGUUUGCAUAAAUUUUUGCAUGCUUGCUAAUGAACGUUUUGUUAACAUUUGUUAUGUGGGAGAGUUUGAGCUGAGCUUGAUUUUUUUUUUUCCCCCAACUCAGUAUAGAGAUUGGAAGAAAAUAGCUAACCCUCAUCUACCUCAAAAAUUUCAGUGCCCAAUAGCUAACUUAAAAGAAUGUAGGCGUUCCCACUGUGGCACAGUGGGUUAAGGAUACAGCAUUGUCUCUGCAGCAGCACAGUUUCAACAUAGGUGAUAACUUUCUAGUCUGUCAAAUAUGAGGAUAUUAAAACUAUAACUACUGUUCCUUAUUACAACCACUUCAUAAAACAUUUUAAAAUCAAAAUCUCAGACAGUGGACAGUUAGCAGCUUUAUACUGUCAAUAAAGAAAAACUGGAAAUGUUAAAAAUAAUUUCAAAGGAAACAAGGUUGUACCAUAAUAUUUUAUUUUACAAUGCUAUGGUUUUACUGAUAGAAGUUUGUUUAUAGAUGUUAAGACUUUAGGGUCUUACAAAAAGUAAGUAAAAUUAAGAUUUUAGUGCCACCCAAAAUGGAGUCUGAACGGCUACUUCUUUCUGAUACUUUGUUUUUAUCACAGUGGUUGUGAAAAUCCACUUUCUACUGGAUAUGUGAAAAUGGCAGCAACUCUUCUAAGGCUGCUUUAAUUGAUACAGAAUAUUCUGGGCAAGAACAGCAGUCCCAUCUCCGGACACGGCUAAAAUCUGCAGUGACAGACUAGGUGACCAGAGCAAGUCAGUGGAACAAAGGUGCCUUCAGCCAGGGCUGCAGCCUGAGACCUGGGUGCUGGGUGCCGAGCUUAGAGCAUCCUGGGCAUAAGCUGAGGGACAGCGGCAGCUGCCACGAGGAAGCCUGCCAGGCUGUGGACAAGCCGGUGGGUUACCUGGUAUAUAUGUGUUUCUGCCAUAGCAGAACACUGCUUACUACUAGACCUUGAGUACUGGCUGAUUACUGGGUUUUACAGACUGAGCAAAUGACUAAAAUGAAAAAAUACUUGCUUGAGCGAAGAGCCAAAAUGUGUUCCCUAAGCACUGAGUGAGAGAGUGCUGUUAGAGGCACACUUGGAUCCGUAUAGGCACAGGAGUUUGAGCUCCAUUAAACCAGCUCAGGUAACUAAGGAGCUAUCCAAGGGGAAAAAUGAAAGUCUUUCAUGGUAUAGACUCGAAUCUGAUUUCUCCUCUGUCUCUGGAUACACACAGGAACAUGAUUCGAAAUUGCCAAUUUCCUAGAUAUACACUUGUUCCGGGCCUCAGGAUUUAUUUCACAAUCUCCGUGAGCUUCCUUUCCUAAAACAAGCCUUUUUCACCCAGUGUGGCAGCGGCAGCGCAGAGGGAUGGAAAGAGUAAUCAUCUGCAGCUCAGGAAGCCUGCUGUGUAAUCACCAGGCCGACUCUAAUCCGUUUCUCUUGCCCCGGUUUCUUCAUGUAUAAGAAUCAAAAUGGCCUUUCUGACUUGAACAUUUUAUGACUUCAGUAAACCGAAUCAGGCCAGAGUUUCACAAGAGCAAACAUUUCCUCGCAAAGCAGUUUCAGUGACUUCAAAUGGGUUUUGACUAAAGAUACGUACAAAUAGUGUACUUAAAAUGGUCACCAAUAAAUUACUUAGGCAUUGCAGAGUUUUGCUUUUUUUUUUUUUUUUUAAGUCAGAACAGAAAAGAAUGAAAUUAGAGUUAGAAAAAGGGAAAUGAAAGAUACAGUGGGAAUCCCAGUGAAGUGAGAAACAAAGCAUGCGUCUGAUUUUUCCCCCCAAGUUACAGGAUCCUGGUUUCUUAGGGCUCUUGGGUAUUUUACCUGUAAUGCUGCUGCUAAGUGGACCUUUUUUCCCCCAGAGUCCUUGGUUCUGUUUUUGAUCUGCCACUGCUAUCAGUGUUGAUAAAUAUAUUUUGUGGUCCAGGAUUUUUGUUAUCAACAAGGGAGGCUUUAUUGUUGGUUAUCUUGUACAGAGGUUUUCUCUUUACUAAUAACAGAAGACCUAGAGGAAAGGAGAAAACCAUUUGUGUAUUUUUCUUGGUUCUUGCCUUCUCUUCCUCCUUCCAGCACCAAUCACUGCCUUAUUGAGCUGAACUCAGUCUGAGGCAACUAUUUCACCAUGUGACCACCCCCACAAAAGACCGACUCUUCUAAUAGACUUUGAAAAUGUACUGGAGUCUUGGGCUUUCUCCCUAAGGAGCAGGGGACAGUUCCCUUGAUUCAGAUGGCAAGCCAAGGAUAUCUAAGAUACCUGGAUUGCUUUUAAUCGCAGAUUAAAAAAAAAUUAUCUAGUUUAGGGCCUUUUAUAUUGUUCAUGAUUUUCGGGUGAUUUCUUCUCCUGAGCAGAGAGAUUCUACCCCAGCACUAUAAGUGCUAAAAAGAGGAUCUGUCAUCCCUGUUUCCAGCCAGUAUGUUUCCAUACUGGGCAGUAGUUAGAAGUAAUCCGUUCCAAAAGACUGUGAUCCAGAAACCCGAUUUCUAUUAAGUGUUCUUUAGUUGCCUUCUGUUUAGACCUCAAGCAUACAACGUGUGGUUUUCAUAGCCCCUGUUUGUCUUAAAAAGCAUUUAUUCCACAGAAAUAUGAGAUGCAAAUUUUUAUGAGCAACUUAAGGUUUUUUUAUAUGCAAGUCCCACUAAAGACUGAUUUAUUCUGUCUACUACUGGACCGUAUAAAAUAUAGAAAGCUAAAUGACACUCUAACUUCCUUGUCAGUAAACCAAAAGAUAAUGUGACUCCAAAUGUGAAGAAGAAAUAGGCACAAAUUGAGUGAAUUUCCCAGGGGCCUCAUAAAAUUAGGGGUGAACAAAGAUCUGAGAGGGAUCCCUGCUAAGGACACCAACUAGAAAUCAGCCUUGGGCCUACUGCUCUCCCACCACAAGGUGGCAGGAUUCCCCUUGCCUGAAAUCAUCAGGUCACUGAAAUGACACUGACUUCCAUCAUGUAGAGAUCAUCUUUGCAUUUAAGUAAUUGUAUCAGACUGUCUUGUCUAUGACUUUAUCUGUUUCCAGGAGCUAAACUCUAGUUCACUUUAGGGAAUGUUAACCAGCGAAAUGUUUUCCACACCAGCUUGGUGGCAGUUUUUCAUAGUUUCUAACCCUAUCUCAUUUUCCUUCAUUGCCAGUCGAGUAGCUAGAAGGUAAUAAAGUCAAAGCCCAGUUUCAUUAAAUAGAAAAAUAGCUACUAUUUAUUAUAAUAAUCACUUUACGUACAUUAUCUCAUGUUCACAGCAACACUAACAGAUAGGUACUAUUCUUAUCUCCAUCCUACUGAUAAGAAAACCAGGAUUACAUGUAGCCAGAGAGUGGUGGUUCUGGGGUUUGAAUCCAGGCUUGUCUGUCCCCAGACUUAGAACUCUUUUCUUCUCUUUGUCUUUUUUAGAGCCACACCUGUGGCAUAUGGAAGUUCCCAGGCUAGGGGCUGAAUCGAAGCUGCAGCUACUGGCCUACACCACAGCCACAGCAAUGUGGGAUCUGAGCCACAUGUGCAGCCUACAUCACAGCUCACGGCAAUGCUGAAUCCUUAAUAUACUGAGCAAAGCCAGGAAUCAAACCCACAUCCUCAUGGAUACUAGUCAGGUUCCUAACCUACUGAGCCAAAUAGGAACACCCAUACUUGGAGCUCUUAGCCACCAUGAAUCAUAAAGAAAAAUUAGUUCAUAGGAAUGUGUUAAAAUUAUGUUUCUAUGAUCAGAUAAAAUAGUUCAUUGGUGAGAUAGGCAUUGUUCAUAAAGAAUUUAUUAUAUCCUAAAGUGGGGCCCAAAUUCUUUACCAAACUACAAAAAUAUUCUUGUGCCCUCAGUUCAAGCAUGUGCUUUAAAACCAAACCAAACCUAAGAUGUUUCCUUUUUGGUUCUAAAUAAGGUUUUGUUUGCCAAAAUUUAAAUCAGCAUUUCAGAAAGAAUUCAGGUGUAUUCAGGUGUAUAUAAAUAUGGGGGGCUUUAAAAAAUUAAUUUAUUCCCAACAUGCCAAUAGGGAAGUUUAGUAUGUAAAAAAUUCUGAGAAGUCUUUUGGGAAAUGAACCCAUGUCACUUUGUUUAAUCCAGUUUGGUUUUUUCCCUACACUGAUUUCUGCCAUGAAGCCUUUCUCCUCCUUCCACCCCUUGGAAUCAGCAUUCCCGGCAACACCCUUUAGGCACUUCUGCCCUGUACAGCAGCCAUGAAGAACCUGCCAUUCCUUCCAAGUGCCGCCCUCCAUCAUGCCUCUGUGCUUCUGCAGAGAGAGUAUCUUCUCCACCUGGAUGAGCUGUUGCUCGCCCUAGAAGAAACAACUCAAAUGCAACCCUCUCUGUGAAGCCUUCCCCAGCAUCCCUAGACUGCCUCUCCUUGCUGCUCUUAGCGCCCCGAGAUUCCACUACAGAAUCUAUGUGGCACAUUUUCACUAUUUUCCAUGUUUGUCUCUCACUCUAGAUCGUUACCUCCUCAACAGUAAUGGCCAUGUUUUUUGAUACUAUUUUCUUACCACCCGCACCUAGUGAGUUAGAGCUCACUAGAUAAAUGCGUCGAAGGAAUGUUGAUGAGGAAGGCGAGGCUCAGCAUGUUUAAGGAAUUUAAGGGCACAGGGCUCUCUCACCACAGAGUUGGAACUCAGUCACACGGGAGGUGCCUUGACUAAAGUAUACUACUCUUUUUUUACUGUACUUAGCAAACUCAUGGCGGAAGUUUAGCUGUUCCCCAGCUAUAGUGCAUGGCAAACAAUACUAAUAAAUCAAGCUCCAUCAGACCCAGCCUUUUGCUCUGGAACUUCAAGCAUCUCUCCAGGAAACCAUUCCCAGUGGGCCCGUGAGGUGAAACGCACUUGCUCUCCAUGCUGUAACUCCUAAUCAGUCCGUUUUUGUGGGCAUGGCAGAGUGGCUGUUAGUUGUCCAUCUCCCCCACUGCUCUGCUAAAGCCAGGGUACCCUGAGCUGGCUCUCUGUGACUUAGUAGCCUCUGUCCCCCUUCAGGGAGACCUAGGGGUGGGGUGCUCACACUCCUCAAUUUUCACUUCCCCAUCUGUCCCAAUGCCACUAGCUAUUCCUAAAAUCUUAACUUGGAAAAGCUGCUGCCCCUUGACACCUGGAUGUUAGAACAGAUUUGCUCCCUACCCAUUCAUAUACCAAGGUUUGGCCAAAUGUUUUCUCCUUUAAUUUUUUAGAGGCAGUGUUAGAAUACGUACAAAUGAUAGGAAAAGAAUAAGAAUGCAGCAGCCUGGAAACAAUCUAGCUUACAGAGCAUAAAUUACAUCACUAAGGUCUUGCCUGACUGGUUCUUCGUCUGACACAAAAUUUACCGAGCGUGUCACCUGUUCUCCCACUUAAUGCAGUUCUCUCUGGAAAUAAUCACCCCAGAUCCUCCUUUUUCACCUUACUUUUCUUUGGUGUUUUCUCCCUAGUUCUUCAGCCGAGAAAGGGCCAUAUUGGUUCACAUGACCAAGAAGACAGAUCCCUAAUAGGUUAAUGGGCAUUAAGGCACCUUCCCUCUCCCCCCACCCCCGUAAAGAGAAAAAGACGGUUUUCCCCGCUCCUCUUGUCUUCUACAGCUUAAGAGACAUCAAAAGUUACACCAAAAUAACUUCAGCAUGCAGCUGUCCUAGAGCUGUCUACAAAGGACAAAGAUGAAGUUAAUGCUCUGUGCCUCUGUACUUCCUAGUGAGUCUGAAUGACUAGCUAGAACUACAAAAA